AUGAACAUCAUCUUCGGUAAGAUCGUAGGGGAUUUCAACUCAUAUUCCUUACCAGACACACCUUUGAAUGAGCACACCUUCAAGUCAUCUAUCAAUAAAAGCAGCUUGUACAUCGUGUACUUGUUCAUCGGCAAGUUUGUGUUGACCUACAUUGCCAUGAUAUGUUUCCGAAUAAUCAGCCUCUUCGCCUCGGCAUCUUUGCGACUCGAAUAUACCCGGUCGCUGUUCUCAUUGCCCGUCAGCAAAAUAGACGAAAUCUCCGUCGGCACCGUGAGUAACGCCAUCACAGCACAGUCGAACACAAUCCAGCAAAGUGUUUCAGACCGUCUUGCCAUUCUCUUCCAAUCAAUCGCCCUACUAAUCGCGGCAUACGCCAUCGCAUUCCGUUAUUCGUGGGCGCUGACGCUCGUCGUGAGCUCCGCAAUCCUCUUCGUUGUGAUUUGCUUCUGUUUGACAGUACCCCUUCUCAUCAAAGGUCAACAGCACGUUGACCAAGCAGAUAACAAGCAUGCGUCUAUUGCUGCAGACGCUUUCGGGUCCAUCCGCACGGUGUUCUCACUGGGUGCCGAAGCUUCUCUGACCAAAAAGCACUCACAUUGGAUCGAGGAGGCCCGCAGACGCGGUCUAGGCAUGUCACUUGUCACGGGUACACAUCUCGCGACCCUGUUCUUCGCGAUGUAUGUCAGCUUCGCGCUGGCGUUCUGGUAUGGACUGAAGCUUUACCGGGAAGGGCACAUUGCCAACAUCAAUACGGUGAUCACGGUGUUUUUCUCUGUCUUGCUAGUUGUCACGGUCAUGGGUGGGAUUGCCUCGCCAUUGAUGGCAAUCUCAAAAGCAAUCAGUGCAUCUGGGGCAUUCUUUGGUGUGAUCGACUCGGAACCAGCGCCGCUAGACGGUCUACGUGACCCUGAGGUCACCAGUCAGGCAGAUAUAGUGUUCGAUAACAUCUCGUUCGCAUAUCCCACUCGCCCAGAUACUCGCGUUCUGAAGGGGUUCAGUGCGUGCUUCCCGCGUGGGAAGACGACAGCGCUGGUUGGGCCAUCGGGGUCUGGAAAAAGCACCAUAGUCGCAUUGAUUGAGAGAUGGUAUCGAAUUGACGCAUCGGGGAAGGAUACGAGUGAGACGACGAAAGGACAAAUUCUUGUUGAUGGUCACAAUAUCAAUGAGCUGGAUGUGAGAUGGUGGCGGUCCCAAGUCGGCCUGGUCCAGCAAGAACCGUUCCUCUUCAACGAUUCCAUCUUUCAGAAUGUGUCAUAUGGCUUGAUCGGAUCUCAAUGGGAAAAUGAGUCCGACGCCACAAAGCUUGAGCUCGUGAGCACGGCUUGUAAAGAGGCAUAUGCAGAUGAGUUCAUAGAACGGUUACCCGAUGGGUACUCUACAAUGGUCGGCGAAGGUGGAAUCACUCUGAGUGGAGGGCAACGCCAGAGACUUGCCAUUGCUCGAAGCAUUGUUGGCAAACCUCCCAUACUGGUACUUGACGAAGCGACAAGCUCAAUCGACGUGCGAGGAGAAAAGGUUGUACAGGCUGCACUGGAUCGGGUUUCCAAAGACCGGACCACGAUCAUGAUUGCCCAUCGAUUGUCAACGGUUCGCAGAGCGGACAACAUCGUUGUCAUGAAGGAAGGAGUGUGUGUGGAACAAGGGUCUCAUCAAGAAUUGAUGCUUCAAGGUGCCAUAUACCACAGUCUAGUGAAUGCCCAGCAACUGGAGCCACUUGAUAACGCCUCAGACGACGGGGCGGAAGAAUUGGUCAUAUCCCAGAAGGAGGAAAUCCAACCUCAUGACUACCCCGUCGAUGAAGACGGAGAGAAAGAAGAGGAAUCACAGACACCCACGAAGACAAAGGCCAAGGGCCUGACACUUAGCUUGGGCCUUGCCAAUUUCUGGGCCUUGAUGUUCUUCGUUCUCGCCAUUGCUAUGGCUACUUUCUACUUUCUGUUGGGCACGUCUGCCAACACGAUGUCUAUGCAUGUUGGAUCGACUUAUCGCAAAGAGUAUUUCGCGAACACUCUGAAAAAGCCCGUCUCAUUCUAUGACCGCGAGGAGAAUUCUUCAGGAACAUUGAUUUCACGUCUCACCCUAGAUCCAAAGCAGAUACAGGAUCUUCUAGGUCCCAUGGGAGUGUUCCCACUCAUAUCCAUCUUCAAUGUCAUCGGGUGUGUGGCUAUCUCGUUUUCAUUUGGAUGGAAGCUAGCAGCAGUGACAUUCUUCGGGGCAAUGCCAUUCAUUCUCUUCGCUGCUUUCAUGCGACUACGCUACGAGACUCAUUUCGAGUCGAUGAACGCCGAAGUGUAUGCGGAUAGCUCCAAGUUCGCGACUGAGGCCAUCAGGGCAUUCCGCACAGUUUCUGCUCUCACAAUGGAGACGACAAUCAUCGAUCGAUACUCGGGUCUACUGAAAGAGCAGAGAUCAAAGGCGUUCCGAAAAUCCUGGUACGCGACCUUGGUCUUCGCUUUCUCCGACAGCGUCGAACUCUGUGCUAUGGCACUCACCUUCUGGUACGGAGGACAGCUCCUCGCAUCGCGUGAAUAUGACCCGGUGGCGUUCUUCGUCGUCUACAUCGCCAUUAUUCAGGGUGGCCAGGCAGCCGGCCAAUUCCUCUCCUUCGGUCCUAACGUAGCACAAGCCAAAGCCUCCGCAAACCGAAUGCUCACCUCCCGAAUUCCCUCCGAAGGCCAGCUUGAAAGCUCAACUGCUGCGCCUAUGCCACGGGACCUUCGUCCUUCGGUCGAGCUCCGCGGCGUCUCAUUCAGCUAUCAAUCCCGCAAUCUGACCACGUUUGCCGACCUCAACAUUUCCAUCGACAGCGGCCAGUUCGUCGCCUUCGUCGGUCCCUCCGGCUGCGGUAAGUCCACGGUCAUUUCCCUCUUGGAAAGAUUCUACGAUCCCACCGCCGGUAGCAUUCUCUUCGGAGGACAAGACAUAUCAUCUAUCCAAAAGGCAUCCUACAGAAGAGCCUUGUCUCUAGUCGCGCAAGAACCAAAGUUAUUCGAAGGCAGUAUCCGAGACAAUCUCCUCCUCGGCAUCGAAGACAACGAAGAUUCAGGAACAGAAGAACGCAUGAUUCAAGCAUGCAAAGAUGCCGAAAUCCACGACUUCAUCACUUCCCUCCCGGACGGAUACCUCACCGAACUAGGCGUCAAUGCCCAGACUUCACUCAGCGGUGGUCAGAAGCAGCGACUGUGCAUUGCCCGCGCGCUGAUUCGGAAACCACUUCUUCUCCUCCUUGAUGAAGCUACGUCGAGUCUGGAUUCACAUUCUGAGAAAUUGGUCCAGGAGGCUAUGGAGCGUUUGGCGGGGAAGAAGAAUAUGACUAUUAUUGCUGUUGCGCAUCGAUUGGCGACUAUCCAAAAGGCAGAUGUCAUUUUUGUUUUUGGUGAAGGGGCGAGAGGGCAGGGGUCGAAGAUUCUUGAGAAGGGCUCUCAUCAUGAAUUGCUGCGUAACAAAGGUCCUUAUUGGCAGAUGUGUCAAGCGCAAGCCUUAGAUCGGUAG